CAGUCAAUAUUAGUAAAGUUUACAUUCUUGUUACGUAUUGUACUGCAUUCUCUGACUCUGCCCCUGGAAGGGGUCAGUAAACUUUACAUUAUUGUUACAUUGUACUGCAUUCUCUGACUCUGCCCCUGGUAGGGAUUAUUAAUCUUUACAUUAUUGUUACAUUGUACUGCAUUCUCUGACUCUGCCCCUGGUAGGGAUCAGUAAACUUUACAUUCUUGUUACAUUGUACUGCAUUCUCUGACUCGGCCCCUGGGAGGGAUUAGUACAUUUUACAUUAUUGUUACAUUGUACUGCAUUCUCUGACUCUGCCCCUGGUAGGGAUCAGUAAACUUUACAUUAUUGUUACAUUGUACUGCAUUCUCUGACUCUGCCCCUGGUAGGGAUCAGUAAACUUUACAUUCUUGUUACAUUGUACUGCAUUCUCUGACUCGGCCCCUGGGAGGGAUUAGUACAUUUUACAUUAUUGUUACAUUGUACUGCAUUCUCUGACUCUGCCCCUGGUAGGGAUCAGUAAACUUUACAUUAUUGUUACAUUGUACUGCAUUCUCUGACUCGGCUCUUGGAAGGGAUUAGUACAUUUUACAUUUUUGUUUCAUUGCAUUGCAUUCGCUGACUCUGCUCCUCGUAGGGAUUAGUAAACUUUAGAUUCUUGUUGCAUAUUGUACUGUAUUCUCUGACUCUGCCCUUGGUAGGGAUCAGUAAACUUUACAUAUUGUUACAUUGUAUUGCAUUCUCUGACUCUGCCCUUGGUAGGGAUUAUUAAACUUUACAUUAUUGUUACAUUGUAUUGCAUUCUCUGACUCUGCCCCUGGUAGGGAUUAUUAAUCUUUAUAUUCUUGUUACAUUGUACUGCAUUCUCUGACUCGGCCCCUGGUAGGGAUUAUUAAUCUUUAUAUUCUUGUUACAUUGUACUGCAUUCUCUGACUCGGCCCCUGGUAGGGAUUAUUAAUCUUUACAUUCUUGUUACAUUGUACUGCAUUCUCUGACUCUGCCCCUGGGAGGGAUUAGUAAACUUUACAUUAUUGUUACAUUGUACUGCAUUCUCUGACUCUGCCCCUGGUAGGGAUCAGUAAACUUUACAUUAUUGUUACAUUGUACUGCAUUCUCUGACUCUGCCCCUGGUAGGGAUCAGUAAACUUUACAUUCUUGUUACAUUGUACUGCAUUCUCUGACUCGGCCCCUGGGAGGGAUUAGUACAUUUUACAUUCUUGUUACAUUGUACUGCAUUCUCUGACUCUGCCCCUGGUAGGGAUCAGUAAACUUUACAUUAUUGUUACAUUGUACUGCAUUCUCUGACUCGGCUCUUGGAAGGGAUUAGUACAUUUUACAUUUUUGUUUCAUUGCAUUGCAUUCGCUGACUCUGCUCCUCGUAGGGAUUAGUAAACUUUAGAUUCUUGUUGCAUAUUGUACUGUAUUCUCUGACUCUGCCCUUGGUAGGGAUCAGUAAACUUUACAUUAUUGUUACAUUGUAUUGCAUUCUCUGACUCUGCCCUUGGUAGGGAUUAUUAAACUUUACAUUAUUGUUACAUUGUAUUGCAUUCUCUGACUCUGCCCCUGGUAGGGAUUAUUAAUCUUUAUAUUCUUGUUACAUUGUACUGCAUUCUCUGACUCGGCCCCUGGUAGGGAUUAUUAAUCUUUAUAUUCUUGUUACAUUGUACUGCAUUCUCUGACUCGGCCCCUGGUAGGGAUUAUUAAUCUUUACAUUCUUGUUACAUUGUACUGCAUUCUCUGACUCUGCCCCUGGGAGGGAUUAGUAAACUUUAUAUACUUGUUACAUUGUACCGUAUUCUCUGAUUCUUUCACGAUGUCCUAUUUGAUGAAUUCCCAUUAGAUUUGUUAUAUGUAGCGUUGUUUGAGUCCCAUUAAUAUAAACAUGUUUGAGAGGCUCCCGAAGUUCCUGGGAUGUUACAUAGUUACAUAGUUACAUAGCUACAAAGAGACUUGCGUCCAUAAAGUUCAGCUUUCCUCACAUUUGUUUUUUGCUGUUGAUCCAAAAGAAGGCAAAAAAAAACAGUUUGAAGCACUUUCAAUUUUGCAACAAGCUAGGAAAAAAAUCCUUCUUGACCCCAGAAUAGCAGUCAGAUUUAUCCUUGGAUCCAUCAGCUAUUACCCUACAUUGAAAGAUUAUAUCCUUGAAUAUUCUGUUUGCAUCUAGUAGCUGUUUGAACAUCUGUAUGGACUCUGAUAAAACCACUUCUUCAGGCAGAGAAUUCCACAUCCUGAUUGUUCUUACAGUAAAAAAACCUUUCCUUUACCUUAGACGAAAUCUUCUUUCUUCUAGUCUAAACCUUGUGAAUCCGGUUUGUGAAUAGAUUUCCACACAAUGGAUUGUAUUGGCCCCGAAUAUAUUUGUAUAAUGUUAUCAUAUCCCCUCUCAGGCGACGUUUUUCUAAACUAACUAGGUUUAAAUUUGUUAACCUUUCUUCAUAGCUGAUAUGUUCCAUUCCUUUUAUUUAUUUUGUAGCCCGCCUCUGCACUUUUUCUAGUGCCAUAAUAUCCUUCUUUAGAACAGGUGCCCAACGUUGCACAGCAUAUUCAAUAAGGGGUCUUACCAGUGAUUUAUAAAGAGGCAAAAUUAUAUUCUCGUCCCGAGAAUGAAUGCCCUUUUUCAUGCAUGACAAUACCUUACUGGCCUUGGCCACUGCUGAUUGACAUUGCACAUUGUUGCAUAGUUUGUUGUCUAUAACAAUUCCCAAGUCCUUCUCGUGUGUUGUUAUCCCUAAUUCGCUUCCAUUAAGGGUAUACGUUGCUUGUGUAUUCUUUACGUCGAAGUGAAUGACUUUGCAUUUUUCAGCAUUAAAUUUCAUCUGCCAUUUGAGUGCCCAGUCUCCCAGUCUAUCUAAAUCCCUCUGCAGCAAAGUAAUAUCUUGCUCACAUUGUAUUACUUUACAGAGUUUUGUGUCAUCUGCAAACACUGAAACAUGAUUUUCAAUGCGUUCUUCAAGAUCAUUUAUAACCAUGUUAAAUAGAAGGGGUCCCAGAACAGACCCCUGAGGGACACCACUUACCACUUUUGUCCAGAUUGAAUAUUUACCAUUAAUGACAACUCUUUGUACUCUGUUUUUAAGCCAAUGUUCUACCCAAGAACAAGCAUUUUCAUCUAGAUGUAGUGCUGUACUGAAUGAGAAGUUCCAUUCUGUACAUUGAAUAGCCAGACCCACUAUAAUGGCUGCCCUGGCACACAUAAUGUGUGUACUAUAUCACUGGAUUUUUUUGCCUGCCUGAAAGUGACAUUUCCUCCCAGUGCCUAUCCAGUCUAUAACCUUCUAAUCCCACAUUUAUUGAGAACGCCGACCGUGUAAUGUCCUGCAUAUUUUGACCGUGUAAAUGUGUGUGACCAGGAUUUAGAAGAGUUGGCUAAGAUGCGUUUCAUUUUCUCCACAGAGCGUCUCCUUCUUACAGCGUUUGUGAUCCGUGGAAGCAACGUCCACCUACCAUCGCCAUGGCUGACUGAGUCUGUCUGGAACAUCAGGAUACAUGAGCUCUGCUUUCUUCAUUGUUUACUUUUACUUGGUCUACUGGACACUCUUUAAAGAGACAAUGUAGGGCUGUUAUACAGAUGAUCAAUGAAAACAAAGAACAAAAAGAAAAAAACACUCACCUUUAACGUUCCUAAAACCGCCAAAUGCGCAGCAGACACAUCCCUCCACCAAUCCGCUACUUCUUAUUAAAGUUUGGGAUCUGUUCUUUUCCCACAAAGAUCUGCCCAGCUGGAGUUUACGGGACAAGGUCUUUAAACUGUGCACAGGAUAAAGGGAACUGCUCUGGAAGUUGAUGGCAGCCAAACCGUGGCGGCCAACAGCAACCUAUUAACAUCUUCAUUACAGCUUUGAGAAUGCUGUGGCUAGGGCUUUCUCCGUCAGGCAUUUGCUCAGACUGCGAAGCACAAACGGGACAGAUAUUGUCUAAUGUAAACUCCUCCUUCACAAUGACUGAUUAUACGUUAUACGUGCUGUGUGCUGGGCUUAUCAUUACAACCUGCGCAAUGAGAACUAAUUGUUAUGGAGCUUAAAGCAACCUUUUAAUAUGGAUUAAAUGUCAUUUUCAUUUAGUAUUUUUCACUGUUUUUAUUUUGGUUGUAUUUUUUACCACUUUUAUACCUUGGAGGGGGAGUUACAAUAUUUAUUUAUUUAUAAAUUGUUUUACCGCUUAUAUUAUAUUGAAAUAUUUGUCAUUAUCAAUAAAUUAUUUUCCGUCU